UGCUUCGUGCCUCAAUUGGCGCUUGCAAUGACGUCCGCUGGCGCAAUUAAGCCGCCUUGUGCUCAUUCUGACCGGCCUUUGGGUCAAAGCAAUUUGGGCACAUUCAUUUAUGCUAGCGUGAUUGUAUCCAAAACUGCAGUCAGCGUCAAGAUCUCUCUGCAAUCUGGCCGGCCUUUCUCUCUAUCCUUUCUGUUCGUGAUAGGAAGUCCAACUCAUCGUGUUCCACCUCAUUCUCGAGUGCGACAGGAUUGUCCCGUUUCUAAGAUGCCGGCCACCUCUACUCACAAGUAG